UCUUCUAAUUACAUCAACAAAUAAGACCAUUCUGGGCUCUCUCCCCCUGUAAUAUUAUGUCAAAUCCCCCUAAAUUUUCUGCACAAACAAAACAAAAACUGAUUCAAUCCACAAGAAUUCAUGGUCAUGAGUCCUUUCAUCUGUGGCAGUGCCAAUUUUCUUGAAGAAGAUAAAGAAGAGAAACCAUGGAGUAGUCUUCCUUCAACACCAAGAAAAACAAGCAGCCCCAAGCACAGCUUUUGCAAGAAGAACAGCUUUUGCAAUAAGAACAGCAGCAACAACAACAACAUCAGGGAUAGCAAGAACCCGUAUUCAACUCGCGGGCUUGACAAGUUCUCCGCACUUCUUGCUGAAUUGGAGGAGAAGAGGCAGAGGAUUUACUCACAAGUAGAUUCAAAAGAUGUUUCUUUUGUCAGGUUUGUGUACUCCAAUGAGAAUGAUUGUAUUCCAAUCGUUGUCAAAUUGAAGGAAAACCAAACAGAGACAGAGAAAGAGAAGAAGAAACCCAAUAAGAACAGAGAAGCUAAGCACGAUUUAGAAAUCCCAGAUCAUAAAUCUCAAGCAGAGCCAAUAGUUACAGCAGCCGUUGAAGAGGUCAACAAGCCAUCAAAAUUGGAACCAAAGGAGGUGGAGAAGAGGAGGCUUAAAUGGAGCAGUAGUGUUUUAAGAUUACAGAAAUGGAGAAGGCCUUCUUAUUAUCUUCCAGUGGCAAUACUACUGAUUUUGCUCUUCUUGGCUCUAUUUGGGAGAUCUUUUGCAAUACUCUGCACCUCUCUUGGAUGGUACAUAGUGCCUACCUUGACCAGUUCUGAUUCAAAAAGGCCUGCAAAGAAUAACAAGAAGGUGUAUGUAAGAAGAUUCAGUGAGAAUAAGAUGGCCAUUGAUGGGUUAUCUUCUCCUAAGAAGAACAAUCCUGGAGCUGUGAAAGACAAAUCACCGCCGCGUAAACAUGGACAUCAAAAGAGCUGGUGAACUUUAAGGAUCUGAAGUCUCUGUUCCCUUCAUUCUUUUUUUCUUUUUGUUGGGUUUGGUUUUGGGGUUAAAGACUUGAACUAACCCCUUGUGUAGAUAGAUUCUGGUUAAGAAAUUUGAGUUCAUGUUGGGUUUGGGUUGAAGAUUCAAUCUUUCCUUUGACAUGUUCUGUAAUUGUACAUUAUUAUUGACAAAUAUGGGUUGAUUUAGAUUAUUAGGGAGACCAAAACCCAUGUUGGCAUGCAUGUCUUGUUUGGUUUUGUGAAAUUUCAGUGGAGUUGAUUCAUUCAA